GUGUGUUGUGUUGUGCUGUGCUGUGCUGUGCUUUGCUGUGCUGUGUUGUGUGUGCGUGUGCUUUUUCGCGGGGGGCCGAGCCGAACCGAACCGCCCUCUUGCCUCCUGCUCCCUCCGCCGACCUGAGGAAGGGCAUCAUGGAGGCCGCGAAGGAGAAGACCGAGGAGCUCCAGGAGGAGCUCGACGAGCUGGAGGAGCAGAAGGAGGAGGAGGCGGCGCUGGUCGGCGCUCAGGGCGACGUCACCGUGGCCAGCCAGAAGCUGCUUGCCAGGAGCCGCAAGUUGAGCAGCACGACUUUGGCCCAGCAGACCCACGUGCUCGAGGUGGCCCUGGAGGAGCUCGACAGUGCUGAGGGCCACAUGCACCGCGGCAUCGCGACGGACGACGCGACGUUCUUGUCCGACGCCCACAAGACGAAGGAGGCCUUGUGGAAGGCGAGGGCCGCAUCCACGCUGCUCGCGGAGCUCCUGGACAGGAAGGCGGCCCAGCUGAAGACGGGGAGCGCCUGAUCGCGCAUUCUUUCGCGCGCCCCCUUUUCGCUGACCCAUCGUGUCGGCCUCUGCCGUCUUCUCUCAUCUCCUCCUCCUCAUCCUGCUCCUCCUCAUCCUCAUCCUCCUCUUCCU